CAGACAAAAACAACACAACCACACAAACGAUUAGAAAGAAAACUUAUUUGGCAAAUUUCAUGAAGUUUUUUUCACCUUAAAGACUAUAUACAGUGUUUUGCGUCUUAUAUUUAUAAAAUAAACAAUUAUAUUGUGAUGCUGAGUGUAGAAAACAGCACAAAAAAUUAAUAUUCGUUUUGUGAACUGUUGAGUCCUGAAAGUUAAGACGUGAAAAUGUCUUUCGUGCGCACCUCGACGGGUGGUAAUGAGUCGGUGCAUAAAUUUGUGGAGGCCCUGCGGGCUGAUUUUAAAACGCUUUCUACGGAAACGAAAAAAAAGUAUCCAUUAAUAAAAGAGUCAUGCGAAGAGGCUAUUUCAAAAUUGAGUGCCGCUAGCAAUAAUCAACAAACUUCUGUAUAUUACACUGUGAACCAAAUUUUGUAUCCACUUGUGCAAGGAUGUGAAACCAAAGACCUGAAAAUUAUUAAGUAUUGUCUGGGCAUGAUGCAGCGGCUUAUCACCCAGCAGGUUGUUGACCAAAAAGGCGCACGCUACAUAACGGAUGCAUUGUGGAUGCUUAUGGAAAAUAACAUCGAAGAGGUAAAGGUUUUGCAAACAGUUACACUUUUGUUGACCACCAACACCGUUGUACACGGCGAAACAUUAGCCAAAUCUUUGGUAUUAUGUUUUCGACUACAUUACACCAAGAAUUCAACGAUUGUCAAUACAGCGGGUGCCACGAUUCGACAACUUGUUUCACUGGUGUUUGAACGUGUCUAUUUAGAAAAGGAUUCGGUGGCCACAUUACAGGGCGCCACUCAAAAUGCUAACAAAGAAUUGGUGGAUGGUGACAACAGUGGAGGGGCUAGUACCGAAAUUCAAACCUUUGCUGCCGAUGCAUUUUUCUUGUUUCAAGAUCUCGUGCAGCUUGUGAAUGCUGAUCAACCGUACUGGCUCAUUGGAAUGACAGAAAUGACGCGCACCUUUGGUUUAGAAUUACUCGAGGCGGUGUUAACGAAUUUCAGCGCUGUAUUUCAUGAGAAUAAUGAUUUCCGUUUGUUACUAAAAGAGCGCGUUUGUGCGUUAGUCAUUAAACUCUUCUCGCCGAACGUGAAGCAUCGUCAAGUGCCGGCUCCUAACAAUGGCAAUACUGCGGUGCCCAAUGACAAACCCUAUUUCCCAAUCAGCAUGCGUUUAUUGCGUUUAGUAGCCAUACUAAUACAGAAGUAUCACACAAUAUUGGUUACCGAAUGCGAAAUUUUUCUAUCAUUAAUCAUAAAAUUUCUUGAUCCUGAUAAGCCGCACUGGCAGCGCGCCUUAGCUUUGGAAGUCAUCCACAAACUUGCCACAAAACCUAAUUUAAUUGCAUUCUUCUGCAAGUCCUAUGAUCUAAAAAAUCAUGCCACCAAUAUUGUACAUGAUAUGAUCUCAGCAUUGGCCACAUAUGUGCGUUAUUCAUUAAUAAACGCAGUUGCUUGUAAGCGAAAUAUUUGUCAUAGGCUUUUUUAUAAUUGUAAUAUAUUGAUUUCUACUUGUGUAGUACAAACCGGACAGCCUCCAGCCACCAAUCAAAAUAAUCCCACAGCUGCACAUAAUUCAGGCAAUCAGUGUGGAUUCAUGUUCCGUGGCGUUUACUUAUCGCUAGUAGCCACCUUUCCGCCGGGUGUGGCGAAAGCUGUCUAUUUGGAGAUGCUCGACAAGCUGGAGGCACCCAACAUUCCAGAUAGUUAUGGUGUCUCCGUAGCUUAUGCGAUACUCUUGGACAUAACACGCUCUAUUGGAGGCGUAAUACAACGAACACCGGAAAUGCAACAGCCAACUCACAACUCCACGCUCAUUACUGAGGAAGAGCACAAACCGCUGUGCUUGCAAUUAAUCAACUCUAGUUGGGCUGGACUACUUUUAGCAUUCGUGCCGUUAAUAGAUGCUUCAAUCGAUGAGGCUACAACGGAUAAUAUUUUGAAAGCUAUGCAAAACUAUGCUGCGCUCUGUGGCAUGCUGGACUUACUGGGACCACGUGACGCUUUCAUAAUGUCCAUAUGUCGUGCCUCUUUUCCACCGCACUAUGCAGCGGCAAUAUUUGCGAACAAUGCACAUAUGGAAGCAGAUUUGCGAGGUCAUGCGCGCAGCAACAGUCAAGAUUUAAACAACCAGUUUAUGAAUACUUGUAACGAGAGUGAAUUUCGUCAGCAAAUUGUGGCCGUGGGCACGCCUUUGCCAAGCGCUUCCUUGCCGCACAGUGUAAUGCAAGCGCCCGUCAUGCUGACUACAAAAAAUCUCCAAUGUAUGCGCGCUAUUCUGUUUUUAGCACGCAGCAAUGGCAGCAUACUGGGCACCUCCUGGCAUAUUGUGCUGCAGACCCUGCAACAUUUAGUAUGGAUUUUGGGCUUAAAACCCUCCACUGGCGGCAGUUUGCAAGCUUUUCCAAAACCUGCCGUCGAGGCAAAUGUGGGCAUACAGACUGCCGUCAUGGCCGAUUUGCCAGUAUUGUCACAAAUGUUAAGUCAACUCUUUGAAUCUAGCCAGUAUUUGGACGAUGUAGCACUACAUCAUCUAAUCGAUGCAUUAUGUAAAUUAUCCCACGAAGCUAUGGAGCUCGCUUAUGCGAACAGGGAACCCUCCUUGUUCGCCGUCGCAAAACUACUUGAAACCGGCCUUGUGAAUAUGCCACGCAUUGAAGUUUUAUGGCGUCCACUCACCAAUCACUUACUGGAGGUAUGCCAGCAUCGUCACAUACGCAUGCGUGAGUGGGGCGUGGAAGCAAUUACGUAUUUGGUGAAGUCUGCACUGCAGUUUAAACACACUGUACCGCUAAAGGAAAAUAUGGAGCUGCAAACGAUGCUGCUGAGCCCACUGUCCGAGCUCUCCACUGUAAUGCACGCAGAUGUGCGCCAACGGCAACUUGACUGUGUGCUACAGAUUCUUAACGGUGCAGGAGAAAUAUUGUCAUUCGGUUGGCCGGCAAUAAUUGAGAUCAUUGGCGCAGUAAAUGAUCAUCAUGGCGAGCCUUUGAUACGCACCGCAUUCCAGUGUCUUCAGUUGGUCAUAACAGAUUUUCUGACUGUAAUGCCUUGGCGUUGCCUGCCGCUAUGCAUAAACACCGCCGCCAAAUUUGGAUCGCAAACGCAAGAGUUGAAUAUAUCGCUAACUGCUAUUGGUUUAAUGUGGAACAUUUCUGAUUUCUUUAAUCAAAAUCAAGAGAAAUUGAUGUCGGCGCAAGUGGAUGAUGGCGCUAUAUUACCUGAUUUUCCAGGCACUGUGAAAAUGCCACAAUUCGACAAACUCUGGAUGUGUUUGUACGCCAAAUUGGGGGAACUGUGUGUCGAUCUGCGGCCCGCAGUACGCAAAUCAGCUGGCCAAACACUCUUCUCAACCAUUUCUGCACACGGUAGUUUGCUGAAUCCACCCACAUGGCAGGCUCUGGUGUGGCAGGUCCUAUUUUCGCUGCUGGAUAAUGUGCGGGCGCUCUCCAGUUCGGCUAGCAAUGAGAAAGUGGACGCCAGCGGUAAUAUCCUCAUUCACCAUUCACGCAAUACUGCACAAAAACAAUGGGCAGAGACACAGGUUUUAACGCUCUCUGGCGUGUGUAGGGUGUUCAAUACCAAGCGUGAAUUGUUGCAAAUGUUGGGUGAUUUUGAUCGCGCUUGGUCGCUGGUCUUGGAGUUCAUUCAAAAUGCUGCCUUGAGUAAAAAUGGCGAAGUAUCCUUGGCGGCGCUUAAAUCAUUGCAAGAAAUUAUGUACCAUAAUACAGAGAAAUCGGUCCCACUUACAGAUGAGGACACAACACGCGUUAAAGAUGAUGAGAUUUGGACGAUUGCAUGGAAUAUUUGGCUUAAUAUUGGUAUUGAGAGCACAAAGAUCACAACGAAGAACAACGACACCCAAGAGGAAUUUUAUAUACCCAGUCAAGCAUUUUUAACAGCGUUAAUACAAAUUUUCCCAGCGAUUUUCCAACACAUACAACAAAGAUUCACUUUGGAUGACUUUGAAAAAUUCUGUAUUGUGCUGACAAACGCAGUUUGUAUACCCGUGCAAACUGAUGCCGUUCCCUAUAUAAUGUCGUCUGUGUCGGACUCACUGCUAACGCCAUUACAUGAUGGUAUACUUGAUUGCAUGGAUCUCAUCCAAAAGGAGGCCACCAAGGACGGUUCCAAUUUGAAACACAUGAUUCCUGUUAUAUUCCGUCAAUUACUUGUGUUCAGUAAGUUUGCUUGCGCCCCACCUGCCUACGCCGGAGUCGAACACAAGUACGUCAAAACAUCGAAUCAUUACACAAACAACGCUUCGGUGGAAAUGGUUAGCAUGAAUUUCAUACCCUUUGGUGAGAAGUCGAUAAGCAUAUGCGUGAAAUUGUAUCAGAGUACCGCCACCGAGGAGUGUGUAAUGCAGGAAAACAUAUUACAUGAAAUCAUCAAGGCGCUCCGCACGCCACUCUCCAUGAAGUACAAAUGUCUGUCGUCCAGCACAUGGAAAUUGGCCAUUUCGAGUUUGAUUACUAUACUACACACCGGUUUGAAGGUGGCACGAGCUAAAGCUAACUUUUUUACGGGCAUGUGGGAUGAUUUGGCUGACACACUCGAUAAAUUUCUCUUUCCCGCAAGCGUUUGUACUAUAGAAGAUCGUGGCCUUGAAGAAAUUGUGCUGGACGAAACAAUUGAUUGCCAGGUCAUCGAACUGUUGCGUGACGAAGUAUUGCCGCACGCACACGAAAUGCCACAUCAAUUUAUAAUGCAAAUUGUUGUGCUACUCAACAAAGGCUCCAUACAUUCCGCAUCCGACUCGAAUAUUUGCUAUGAAUCUGACUGGAAAUUACGUGAAAUAUUCGCAAAGACAUGCUUCGAGACGCUGCUACAGUUCUCACUAUUAGACGAUACUUGCAAUAAUAAUCGGAAUAGUUUAACGGCAACGUCUGCAGCGGUAGCAGGCGUUAACGCGUCGUUGAAUUCCAAUGUUUUCACAAAUAUGUCUGGUGGAGGUGGCAAGGAUUUUGCUGGCCGCUUGGCGGUGACGGCUUUGCUACAUCGAUUCCAAGAAGUCUUGAAGAGAUUCAACGACGACGAGCGGCAGAGUGGGAAAUGCCCAUUACCUAGAUUCCGCCUCUCGGAAAUUUCCUUCGUACUUAAGGCCAUCGCUACAUUGGUGAUAUCGAUGAAAAAGGCACCACCAACUAAAGUAAACAAACCGGCGUGGGAUCAGCUAAUUGGUUUAUAUCCCUAUCUCGUCGAUUGCACUACGACCACAUCGCCCGAAGUGUCGCGUUCAUUGCGUGAAGCGCUGCUACAAUACACAGAUCUGCUGCAGCCACCAAAGUGUCUAAAUACCGAAACCGCAAAUGCAGCGAAACUACAAAACGCAACGCAAUCAAAUGGCCAAGAGUAAAAAUGGAAUGGAAAUAGAUCCGACGAUUAGACUCGUCAAUUCAAUGACGUUUAUGGGACUUUUACAAUGACACUUGCAGGUGUAUAAAUAUAAAAGUUUAAUAUUUAUUUUGAGCAUAACUAAAUGAAUACACCAACUAAACAUACAGUUAUACAUACAUAUUCGAUAAAUUUAAAAUAUUUAAAUUACCUACUCUAUUACAUUCUAUUUUGUUGGCAUAUGCACACGCAUCCAUAUAUUCGAGUGUUUUUCUGGCUAUAUAUGUAUGUGUAUGCACAUAUGUGUGCAUGUUCGUGCUAACCAAUGUAACGCAUAAUGCGAAAUUGCAAUAUUGUACCUUUAAAAUAAAAUGGCUAAAUGCAAAGCAAAUUUAAAUUGCCAGCGGUGCAUAUACUAUUUUCUAUCUACAUACAUACAUAUUUAUUAUAGCAUUUUUGGCAAGUUGUGUUUGUUCAGUUACCUUUUUGUUUUCAUUGUUUAGUUUUUGUUUGUGAAUUUUUAGAGCAUCUAAAUCUUAUUUUUUUAUACAUAUUUGUUUAUUUUUAAUUUGUAUUAUAGCAUUGAAGUAUAAAGCAAAAAAAUUCGAAAUGCAAAAGCGAGCUAUUACCUAUGAAAUAUUUACUAUACAACUAAUUAUAUUUAGAGAUCUUUGUAGUGAACGUUUUUAAUAAGAUGAAAUCGAAAAAAAACAAAACAAAAAAAUAUUGAUAAUAGCAUAUACACAAUAUCUUGUCCUAUUGUACUUUCAGCCAUUGAUAAAAUAAUAAAACCAAGUAUUAGAUAUAGAAAAACAAGA